AUGCCUAGAGCAACCUCUGACCGUUUUUCUCGAGCUCAUCAAUCUUCCGCCAAAGCAUCUUCUUCAAAAUCCAAAGAUGCCUCAUCAUCUUCCGCAAGGAACCCCAUUUUUAAUACCGAACGAUUCGGACAACAUAUUCUCAAAAAUCCUCAGGUUGCACAAACUAUUGUUGAAAAGGCAAAUCUCAGGCCAACAGAUAAAGUCCUAGAAGUCGGUCCUGGUACUGGAAACCUCACAGUAAAGAUACUCGAACAGGCGAAACAUGUCACCGCAGUAGAGAUGGAUCCUCGGAUGGCUGCUGAACUUACAAAGCGUGUUCAGGGCAAGCCGGAACAGCGCAAACUCGAUAUAAUUAUUGGAGAUUUUGUCAAAGCCGAAUUACCCUACUUUGACGUCUGCAUCUCCAACACCCCCUACCAAAUCUCAUCUCCUCUCAUCUUUCGUCUGCUCUCUCAUCGGCCCCUCCCUCGCGUCUGUAUCCUCAUGUUCCAACGUGAAUUCGCUCUUCGGUUGGUAGCGACUGCCGGGAGUACACUUUGGUCUCGUCUAUCAGCGAAUGUACAGCUUUAUGCCAAGGUUGAUUAUCUGAUGCACGUUGGGAAAAACAACUUUCGACCGGCACCGAUGGUGGAAAGUAGUGUCGUACGGGUUGCACCAAGGGAUCCUCCCCCACCUGUAAGAUUUGAAGAGUUUGACGGGCUGGGAAGGAUAUUGUUCAGCCGACGAAAUAAGACUGUACAUGGCAAUUUUAUGGCAAAGGGGGUGAUACCGAUGCUGGAGAAGAAUUGGAGGACAUAUUGUUCUGAAACGGAUCAGAUGGUCGAAGACGAGGUUGAUAUGAAAGCCAAGGUCGAAGAAGUUCUCGAGCAAACAGGGAACACGGAAAAUCGAGCUGCCAAAAUGGAUGUUGAUGAUCUUCUAAAACUCCUCUACGCCUUCCACAAAGUCGGGAUACAUUUUGCAUGA